AUGAUAGUAAAUCAAGCAUUAAUUGAAUUAACAAAACAAGUUGCAGUUGCGGUUGAAGAAAUUAAAUUUUCACCCAACUCAACUAGUAAUAAUUCAACACCAACAAAUAAUAAAUUAAAAUCAUCAUCGUCAUCAAUUUCAAAUUGUGAUUCGCCAUCAUCAAAAUCGAAAUCGAAUAGUUCAACUUCAACCCCAACAUCACAACCACAAACACCAUCACAAUUACCACAACAAGCACAACAACAAGCACAACAACAACAUUAUUCAGCAAAUUCAAUGAAUCCGUAUUAUGCACAACAAGUUUUAUUACAAUUACAAAAACCAUCAACAUUUGUAAAACACGUUCAUGUCGUUGUAAAGAAUACACCAUUUGGAAUUACAUUAAGAUCUAAAGAACCAUUACAAUUUAAUUUUCAAAAUUAUGUUAUAAAAGCCACCCUACUCUAUGAUAGUGACCCACCAAAAAUGGUUGAUUUCAUUCAUAAUGAGCCAUUACAAUAUGUUGCAACGGUAUCUGAAGAUGGGUCAGAGGUUUGUGUUGAUGUUAAAGUUGGUAUUUUGUCAAGUCAACAUCAAGGAUCAAUGUUUUUAGUUGUAUUACAUAUUAGUCAUUGCUCAGCACCAACACCAUCAAAUAGUGAACCAAUUAGUACAAUUCUAACAAAUAUUGGUAAUAACUCUAUACACAGUUUAAACGUUACAAAUAUUUGUGUUGUAUCACAUCCAAUUAGAAUUGUUUCAAAAUUAGAUCACGUUAAAAAAGAAGGUAUACCAAUUUUAAAGAAAAGAACAUUUCACGAAAUUUUAACUGAUAAAUUAAAAAAAUUACAAAAAUCACAAGAUAGUCAAAGUAAAUGGAUUAAAAAUCUAUAUCAACAACAUGGUGCUCAAUAUGAUAUGGAACCUUAUAAUAGUACUUUACAUUCUCAAAAAACUGAUUCACUCUGUUCUUCUUCAACUUCCACACCAUCAUUUAAUUCAACCUCCUCCUCCUCAAAGAAUCAAUCCCAAUCAAUUAAAAAUGAAGAAGAAGAAGAUGGUGGUGAAGACGAAGAAGAAGAAGGAGGCGAAGAUAAUGAUAAUGAAAGUGAAUCAAGUAAUACCAAUAGUACACAAUUAAUUGGGAAAAAAAGUAUAAAUAAAUUACCAAUUUCAACAACAACUUCAUCUUCAAAUUUUAAUAAUUUAAUGGUUAAUAAUAAUAUAAAUAAUAAUAAUAAUAAUAAUAAUAAUAAUCAUUUAAUUCAAAAUACAACUUUUUCAUCAACUAGUCAUUUUCAAAAUUCUUUUAAUAGAGUAGUUGAAGUUUAUAAUUUAAUUCCAGAAUAUGAAAGAGUUGAAGUUAUUAGAAAAAUGGUUCAACAAUUAAAAUCUUAUGAUUUAGAACAAUUGGUUUCAACAUUUAUUGAUGAAUUAAAAUGUGGUUAUGAAUCAACUAUAAUUUCUUAA